AUGGCCAGUAAGCAAGGGUACAGUUGUCUCGCAGAUGGCUCUCUGGAUAUUCCAAUAUCUAGCCCUGAAGGCACCCCAAGUCUCAGUCCUCAUAGUCCAGGACUGUGUCUUAUAUCUCCUCCAAUUGCAGAAUCUCACUGGCUGAGCAAUGCUCAACCACAGACUGAGGCUCCAUCAGAAAUGAACAUCACUUUAGAAAAGUUGCUUGCUCCAAUAACUGAAAAAUUGAAAUAUUUGCUGAAGAAAGCAGAAGACUUCCAGACUUACCUUCUGUACAGCAGAGACAGAAUGCAGAAGGAACAGUUUGCCAAAGCCAUGCCCACCUUUUUGCAGAUGUGCCAGCCAUAUUUCCACUAUUUGGAAUCUACAGCACGCAGCUGCACACCUUAUUUAAGACCUCCACAGGAACCAGUCCGGAAAAGA